AUGGCUGAGGCUCAGUAUCGGAAAUCGGGAGUAAAUAUUCAAAUUGAGAUCAAGAACAGAGGAUAUGGAAAUGGCAGAAGGAUUUCUCCCGUUGAAAUGCAGUCCGGAAUACCAGAAACUUUGCCCACGAUCAUCCCACGUUUAUCCCACGUUCUUCACACGUUCCGCGACCCCUAUCACGCCUCGACCACGUUUAACGCAUGUAAUCCCACGUGUACAGCAUGCACCUUAUCUGUCUCCCAUGCGAAAUCCGGCAUCAGACCCGAGUGCAUGUGCCCACCUAUUCUCGUUUACUCUCAAGAUGAGAGGAUGCUUGUUGUUGGUCAGAGUCUCACUUUAGGUUCCAAUCCGUUGAUUCUCAUUUCCACUUGUACGUCGUCUUCAAAUAUCUAUAAUGCAGGCAGUAGCAGUUUCUUGAGUAAACAAGGCCUAAGUCUUUCCUGGACCUUAGCUGGGUUCGCAGCAUGUGCUCCGACCCAGCAGUCUCACUUCUCCAGUCCAGAUUCGUGUCUAUGUAUCAGGCAUAACCCGGACCUUCAAGCCCAGGGCCAUAUGCGUCCGUACCCUAGUCGCGAAAAGCUCGCAUAUAGGGCAUCUCAUUCACAAUCCCUACCAACAUUUCAUGCGGAGUAA